UCACACUUCACUAAGACUAAGAGAUAAAAGAGAGAUGAGGAUGGGUGGGAGUGGUAGAAUGAAUAAGUUGAAGCCUUACAUUCUAAUGGUGAGCCUGCAGUUUGGGUUUGCAGGCAUGUACAUAAUCAGCAUGGCUACCCUCAACCAAGGCAUGAGCCGCUACAUCCUAAUCGUCUACCGAAACGCUGUCGCCGCUCUCUUCCUCGCACCUUUCGCUCUAAUCUUCGAAAGGAAAACCAGGCCCAGGAUGACUCUUCCCGUUGCUUUGCAAAUCAUGGCCUUAGGCUUUCUAGAGCCAGUUGUUGAUCAGGGGUUUGGUUAUUUGGGGAUGAAAUACACUUCCGCAUCAUUUACUUCUGCCAUAAUGAACGCUGUGCCCUCAGUUACCUUUAUUAUCGCAGUAAUUCUACGAUUGGAGCGUGUAAAUAUAAGGGAAGUACGAGGAGUGGCCAAGGUGGUCGGAACUGUGGUCACCUUCGCCGGAGCCUUGGUUAUGACACUCUACAAAGGCCCAAUUCUCGAUUUCUUUUGGACUCGGAAAAACGACCACCACCGUAACAGCGGCGGCGCCGCCGCCAACCAGCACUGGGUCUCCGGAACUUUGUUCAUCCUCGUCGGUUGUGUGGCGUGGUCCUGUUUCUAUAUUCUACAAUCGAUAACGGUGAAGCGAUACCCAGCGGAGCUGUCUCUUUCGUCAUUAAUAUGCUUGGCGGGUGCGCUUCAAAGCACAGUGAUAGCAGUGGCAAUAGAACGCCGUCCCAGCGCCUGGGCGGUGGGCUGGGACUCCAGGCUUCUGGCUCCUCUCUAUACGGGAAUAGUUGGGUCAGGAAUUGCAUAUUACUUCCAAGCUCUGGUUAUGAAAACCAGAGGCCCUGUAUUUGUGACGGCUUUCAACCCUUUAUGCAUGGUGGUUGUUUCUAUAAUGGCCUCCAUUAUUCUCUCUGAGAAGCUCCAUCUUGGAAGCGUUAUUGGAGGCAUUAUCAUCGCAAUUGGGCUUUACUCAGUUGUGUGGGGAAAGGGCAAGGAUUAUUCUUCCACCGCCGGCCACCUCGAUAAACCUGACGCCGCCGUGCCGGAGCUCCCAAUUACGGCCACCUCUAAAUUCGCCGCCGGACAAGAUGCUCAUGAUCUUCAACCUCAAAAAUAAUGAAUUUUAUAUUAUAUUAUAUUAUGUGCCGCCGCCCAAUCAUUCCCCUUGAAAGCUCUGUGUGAUAUUUUAUAUAUAUUUCCUUCCCAAGCUUCAAGGGUAGUAAUGUCUUCCCAUGUCACAUUUUUAUUAAUAAACUUUUCUAACAUCCAAAUGUUGAAAUCUCCACCAUUAUAAUUAUAA